UUCCAGCCAGACGGACGUACGUGGUAUACGUGGUAAACGCGGAGGUUCCCGCACGGUGUUUUGUGUGUUGGGGGAGUUUUUCUACGGACGACACGGCGGACACGACCCCUGGAGUGGCACCGCAGGCGCAGGUUGCCUAGCACCCAGUGACACCAAGCGAAGGGUUGGAGAAAUGUGAAAAAAACCUAAAGUUGUGUGGCUACUAGAGUUGAACUUGUGCUAAAGAUCGCGCGAUCUUUCGUCCCUGACCGUGCUAAACCGUGUGGUGAAAGUGAAUAGUGCUAGAGUGAAGAGAGAAAGAGAGAGAGAAAGAAGAAUCUAAAUCGAAAGACUUCAACGCCCUGCGACGGGAUUACAGGAAACGAACCUACCAGCAGUGGCUGCUACCAGAUCAUUCGCGGUUUCUGCGCGCGAGCUACGAAACCUCACGAUUUGAGCCCCCAAAAAAAAGGACUACGAAAUGAUGGUACCCCUGAACGUUGACUAGCAGCGAGAAGAAUGAUCAAAGUUCACUCUGCAGCCAGCAAGGAAAGUGAAUUUGUCAUAAUAAAGUGACAUUAGCAGCAGCAGCAGCAGCAGCAGCACCAGAUACAUCGGAGUGCACACUCCUAUCCACUUAGCCAAAAUGUUAGAAACAAAGCAUCAUCGUAAGAUACCCAAAAUGGCGUCCUCAUUAGCGGCACUCGUUGUACUGUCGGCCUGUGCUAGCCUGCUCGUCAGUACGCCACUCGCCGAGGCGCGUGUGAUAGUACGCCGUCAAGCGGAAGAACUGGUACCCAAUAGAACGUCCUCCUUGGAUGUCGCCAGCGCGGUAGAUGAUCGCGUUGCGACGACACCCCCAAGGCCAAACGAUCGCUUCGAGCAGUUCCCGGCGAUGGCUGGCGAGGAACAGCUAAGUGAAGCGGAAGCAAGCCUAAGCUCCUCCGAUUCGGCCUUGUUCUCAUUUUCUGGGGAUUCUGCCUCCAGUUUAUCCAAUGACUCCACUGCCGGUGACAGUGAACCGGCAUCGUCCGCUGCGGAGACCAUUGAGCAGAAAGAUUCUGCUGACGAUAGCGAGUCGCUGGACACUACAACGCUACAACCGGCGCCCUCCAACGAGGACGCUCGUGAGCGUGCAUCCGAUUCCGAGGAUGUUAGUGCCAGCGGUUCAAUCUCCGCUGGUUCCGGUUCACUGGAAUCGGGCUCGGGAUCGGCAUCAUCACUGAUCGAGAGCAGUGCGUCCGAUAGCCAACUCCGGGAGGACGACGCAGCAGCCGGCGACGAUUCGACGGAAGCCGAAGCACCAACCACGGUCGAGCCGGUCGCAAUUAACGAAAUUACCACCUCGGCCAACUCCAGCAGCCCAGCACCGCCAGCGUCAGCAUCGGUGUCCAGCGAAACGGGAAGCAGCAGCUCAACGGCGGAAUUGCAAACAUCUGGCGCAGCAUCGAGCGCACAGAUGGUGGAUGCUGAAGCGCAGCAGUUGUUGCUACAGCAACGGAUGGACGAAACGACGGUCGCAUCCGUGGAAGAGCAGACACGGCAAGAAGGAGAGGAAGAAGGAGAAGCAGAAGCCGUGACCACACAGCCCGGGAGCCCAUCCCGGGAGGUUGAUGAGGUCGCAUCGGUGGACGCCGAUGAUGCCGGCGUCGCCACGACAACGGCCGUACCCGGGGAUGAUGUGGACAUGGAAGUGGAAACAGUGAAACCUGUUGCGACUACUGCGAUCGACGUUCAAUCCAUCUCCUCCGCCAACAGUAGUGGAUCUCGGACAUCAGAAAUCGAGCAGUUCGAGUUGAGCCGAUACACCUCACCAUCGAACUACUCGGAAGGUGGAAUCACGCUGGCCGAUAACGAUACGAGCGGUACUGGUGCUGGAUUCGCCGAUGCCCCGCUCGGUUCUGGGGCAGAAGAGGAACAGAAUACGGAAUCACCGAUUACAACCACCAGCCAACCAGAGGGCGCUGCGAGCGAUGAGGUAGUGCUGGAUAGAAUUCGUGCUAAUGAAACCGUCGAACGGAACAUCUCGCAAUCACGCGAACAGGCUGAGAUCGAAACGAACAGCUACGAACAGCUCGUCUCGAACAACGAGGUGAUCCGAAAUCAGAGUACGGAUGGUGCUGCGGCGCCACGUGGCAAGAAGGGUAAGUUCCUUGAUCAGUUCAACGAAGAGACGACCGAGGACAACGACAUCAAUGUGCCGAAUGGAGCGGCCUGGGCCCUCGCUGGUAUGCGUAUGGUGGACCGGAAGCAACCGGGUGCCGAUGAACCGUCGACGGCUGAAACGGUGGCCGAUCGUACGGACGACAAUCUGGUGGCGAACAAUACGCUGAAGCAGUUGAUGGACUGGGCGGUCAUUAUGCAGCAGGCAGACUUUGCCAAUAGUUCCUUCAUCCGUUCGACGGUUGGAACGGACGCGGUGGAGACCGUACCGACGAUGGACGGUAAGGAUCGCCGAACGUACGCCAACAAGGUACCGAACGUCGAAGGUGCGGCCGAUGUGCUAAGCGAAGAGAACCGG